CUUUCUACUUCAUCCGUGCAUAAAGACUACUCUUCCUAUUUCUCCAAGAAGAUUUUAUGGCGCCGGAAUGGAAAUUUUGAGUUGAAGUGAGCUCUGAGAGAUCGUUGGUUUUAUGAAAGUAACGAGUUGCAAGUAACGACGAUAACAAACAGCAAUCAUGUUGGUGCUAUUUGAGACCCCGGCGGGAUACGCGAUCUUCAAGUUGCUGGAUGAAAAUAAACUCACUAAGUCGGAAAAUCUUUACAAGGACUUUGAAACUCCUGAAGAUGCCAGUAAAAUAGUUAAAUUAGAACACUUUCAUAAAUUUGAAGACAUUACUGAAGCAUUAGCUGCUACAACAGCACUUGUGGAAAAUAAAGUACCCAAGUCUUUAAAGAAAGCACUAAGACAAAGUCCCAUUGACCAUCAAAAGUUGGCGGUUGCUGAUUUAAGACUGGGCCAUGCUAUUAAGGAUAAACUAGAUGUGUCCUGCGUCAGUAAUAACGCAAUACAGGAAUUGAUGAGAUGUAUCAGGAAUCAAAUGGAUAGUUUGAUCACUGAUGUGACCAAGAAAGAAAUGUCGGCCAUGGCAUUGGGUUUAGCACAUAGUCUUUCCCGAUACAAAUUGAAGUUUUCGCCUGACAAGAUUGACACUAUGGUAAUACAAGCGGUAUGUUUGCUGGACGAUAUAGACAAGGAGCUUAACAAUUACAUAAUGCGAGCGCGUGAAUGGUACGGCUGGCAUUUUCCUGAGCUGGGCAGAAUUGUGACUGACAACAUUCUGUAUAUAAAAACGAUGCAGAUAAUCGGCCAACGAGAGAACGCUGUCUCAUGCGAUCUAUCGGAUAUUUUGCCGGAAGAUAUUGAAAAGCGAGUGAAAGAUGCUGCGGAGACCUCGAUGGGCUCAGAGAUUUCGGAAUAUGAUGCCGAACAUAUGCUAUACUUGUGCACGGAAAUACUCGAGCUUCACCUGUAUCGAGCGAAUUUAAACAGCUAUUUGAAUGCUAGGAUGAUGGCACUGGCACCGAAUCUGUCUAUCCUCGUCGGUGAAUUAGUCGGCGCGCGUCUAAUAUCGAAGGCCGGCUCUUUGACAAAUCUCGCAAAACAUCCGGCAUCCACUUUACAAAUCCUUGGCGCAGAGAAAGCGCUAUUCCGUGCACUCAAGUCGAAGAAGAAUACUCCCAAAUACGGUUUGAUUUAUCACUCUCAACUCGUCGGACAAUCGUCAAAUAAAAAUAAAGGCAAAAUAUCUAGGAUGCUGGCGGCGAAAGCUUCUCUAGCAACCAGAUUUGAUGCAUUCCUAACAUUAGACUCUAAUGAACAAAAUGACCAUUAUCAAGAUCUUGGUACACAACAUAGAGCAAAACUAGAGGCACGACUACAGCUACUCGAGAGCGGUAAUAUACGUCGAAUCAGCGGCACUGCCAAAGCGCAGGCAAAGUUCGAGAAGUAUCACAGCAAGAAUGAAUAUAUGCAGUACUCAGCAUCUAUCGAUUCAACUUUACCGAAUAAAAGGCCAUUAAUUGAGGAGAUUGAUAACAACGAGAGUGAAGAAGUGCCUAAAAAAAAGAAGAAAAAGAAACAUAGUUUAGAACCCAUAACAGAAGAAGCAGAAGAAGUUUCUGAUGUGCAAAAAGAAGAAGUCAAAGAUGAACAAAUAAAGACGGAGAUGGAUGCUACAUCAAAAAAAAAGAAAAAACGUAGCACAGAAUUUGAACCGGAACAAGAUUUGGAUAUUUCACCAAAGAAAAAAAAGAAACGUAGUACAGAUAAAAAAAUCAAAACAGAAGAUACUGGUGAAUCAUCUCAUAUACAAGAGUUUGUAGAUAAUAAAAAAAUCAAAACAGAAGAUACUGGUGAAUCAUCUCAUAUGCAAGAGUUUAUAAAAGAAGAAGAAGACUUGGAUAUCUCACCGAAAAAAAAAAAGAAACGUAGUACAGAUCACAAACAAAUCAAAACAGAAGAUACAGGUGAAUCUUCUGGUAUGCAAGAAGCGCAAACUGAAACGGAUUUGAAUGUAUCAAAGAAAAAGAAGAAGAAAAAGAUGCAGGAAUCAGUUGAAACAAUAGAGACAGCAACGGUACAAACUGAAGAAACUAUAGAAACAAACGUUUCAGUCAAAGAUGAAACUUCUGAAACUAAUGAAGGGCAAAAGAAGAAAAAAAGGAAGAAAGAUAAAAAGAAGAAAUUAGAACAAGAUGAAUAAGAUAUUUGUUUAAAUAAAAAUUAGAUUUUAAAUUAUAUAAUGGAUUUGAUCUAUAUCAAUAUUCUCUUCUGUCAUGCACACUUCUCCUCCAUAUAUAUUAAAGAAUCAUGUA